AUGGAUAACACAACUAUCGUUGAUGAGACCGUUGCCAAUGCCAGUUUGGUAGACUGCAUCUUCCAAGCAGACUUUCAGUAUUCCUUCUUCACGAUUGUCUACAGUACGGUCUUUGUCCUGGGCCUCCUGGGGAAUGGAGCUGCCCUGCACUUCCUGACCUGCCAGGCGAUGAGCUUGCCUCGCUCCUACAUCUACCUGGUCAACUUAGCUGUGGUGGACACCCUAUUUGUCUGCAUCCUGCCUUUCAAGAUCCAUUACCACCUCAACCGGAACAACUGGAUCUUUGGGGACAUUGCCUGCCGGCUGACAGGGAGCAUGUACUUCCUCAACAUCUACCUCAGCAUCGCCUUCUUCACCUGCAUCUGCCUUGACCGCUACGUGGCCGUUUUGCACCCUUUUGUGUACAUCCGGAUCAAGGGCGCCCACUACGGGCUGGUGGCUGCGGUCCUCUGGGUGACGGCAGUGAGCAUCGCUGCCCCGCUGGUCCUCGGGGGGCCCCUCAACUUCAACCGGAGCAAUGCGACAGUCUGCUUUGAGAGUUUUGGGCUGGAGGAGUGGACCGGGCGCAUGAUGCCCUACAACGUCUGCGCGCUGAUAUUUGGCUUUGUGGUCCCUUUUGGGGUCAUCCUGAUCAGCUACCCUCUGAUCGCCCGGCGCAUCUCUCGCAUCCCCCGCAGCGCCCGCAAGAGGAAGGCCCUGGGCACCAUCUACCUCAUCCUCUUCAUCUGCGCUACCUGCUUCCUCCCAUACCACCUCACCCACCUGCUGCACUUCCUCAUGCGGGCUGGGCUGAUCCGGGACUGCCGCUUUGCCGUUGUCAUAUACAGGAUGCGCCGCAUCACUCUGGCCUCGGUCAGCUUCAACUGCUGCCUGAACCCCAUCUUGUACUACUUCACCUCAGCCAGCAGGUGGUGCCGCUGGAGACUUCCCUUCAGGACCAGGGCCACAAAAGUCUACACCAUCUGUGGUCGUCGAGGCAACGCUUGGGCACCCGCCAACCUACGCAUUGCCAGACCAAGGCGGGGGGAAAGGAGGCAGCAGGUUCAGAUGAUAUCGGUGAGAAACCCAAGGAACUUUAACUGAAACUGUAGAGGGCUUUGUGCAGGAGGGGUUAGCGUUAUGUAUCCUUAAGUUUUUUGAGAGAGGCUGCAGGGACCACAUUUCCCAGUGGCCACCUAGAUUUUCUCUUUCUGCCACCCACCCAAGACCCCUGAGAGAGAUUAUUAGUAGUGCCAUGUUUCUGCAGGAGCACAUAAUGUGAUACCAGAUGCAGAAUACAUGCCCCGUGAUUUUAUAUUUUCAAAAAGGCACGUUUCUAGUCCUUUCGGCUGUGAUGAUAUGCUUCCAAGUGGGUCAGCAAUGUUGACUAAAAUUGCAAAGGCCAGGCUGCUUUGGCUGCAGCUGAGUAUGGGUCUUGCCUUGGAAUGGGGAUCCUGUGCCACCCCCGCCCUGGCUGUUUCUCAACUGCAUCUAGCAAGCCCUGACCAAUGAAGCAGGGAUGGGCAGGAGAGGUGUCGUUUGGCAAUAUCUGGAGGGCCAAAGUGCCCCCACACCCAUCUUGCUCCUCUACCAUGGCUUUGCAAAAUGAAAAAGGAAGACACACUUUUUUACGCUUCCUUUGGAUGGACAGGGCUUGGAGUUGGGUGUGUUUGCUUUUGAACAUGGGCAUAUGUACCCACUUCUGUUUUUAAUAUAGACCAGACAUUAAACUGGUGAAGGCAUCAUGAUCCAUUAGGUUGAAAUGAGGAACUGACACACACAGCUCAGUUUUCUCUCAGCCAGCCCCCACCUGCCUGCGAACAUCUUCCUCCAUAGUCUUGAAUCCUUCUUGUGGGCUUCUCAGAAAAGGCAGCUAGUUGGCCACUGUGAGAACAGACUGCCAGGCUCUGAUGGGCACUGGCCUGACUGGGCAGACUGCUAUGGUGCCCCUGAUCCUUUUUCCUUAAAGUGGGAGAUGCCUGCGACAGAAGAUGCCGCCUUCUCUGCCCGUGAAGGAGGUGCUCUACCAUCAAACGGCACUCCCUCCUUCCCCAUCACAAGGCAAGAACUCACAGAAAUGAAUCCGAAGGUGAGUAGCCUGGACGAUGCUGUGUGA